AUGAUGCUGACACUCCCACUGGUCGCUGCGCCCCUGUUGCUUUCCCAAGCAGUAUGGGCCCGAAACAUCCCCCCUCGACACGUAUCAGAGCCAUUCGACUGCGGAGAAGUCCGCGUCGACUCCGCAGACACCACUUUCAGUGGCUUCUUCGCUGCAGACUUGGACACAGAAAGGAGAUACGUAGUCACCAGCACCACCGACCAAAAGCGGCUCCUCACCCGGUUCGAAAACAACACAUUAUUUACCUUGAACAGCAGCGGCAAGAACCCAACCUUCGGAGCAACCUUUGGAUUUUACUGGGACACGCCUCCGGGUCGACCAAACUUUGCCGUGUCGGCACAGAACUAUGCCUACUGCAACAGUGUUGCUGCGUCCACGGUUGGCGAUAAACCGGCCAAGAUUGCGGCUUCGAUCAAUGAGGCUGGGACUGACCCUGCGACCGGCGGGAAACGGGAUCACGAAAGCGAGUCGGCUAUUUUUUAUUUGGACCCUGAGAGUGGGGAAAUAACUUCGCAGUGGGUUAAUGAUGAUGGGUCAUUUGUCUCGGCGGUCUUUGUGAUCAAUACGCAAAGGAGGAUCAAUAUUUCGGGUAAUCUGACGAGGUACUUUGAAGAGUGGGAGGGAACGGAGGCAAAAGUCUUUUGCUCGGGUUCGGCAUAA